AUUUGUUGUUUUGUGAGAAUAUUUUGUGAUUUGUGAUUGAAGGCCGAUGGUACGUCUACUGUCAAGAAGUGUCAGAAUUAUCACAUUUGUCAAAAUAUGUUUGAUUCAGCCGUACGCCCAAACAUUGCAAACCGAGACUGUAACUGUAAACAAACAUAAUUUGACUUAACAAAAUGAUGAAAGAAAUUGAUGAUAUUAUCGCGACACAAGGCGAUAAAUGUAGUGACAGCCUGAAAAAGUUUGUGAAAAAUGAAUCCCAGUCUUUCUCAUUCCCUGAAUUGGAUAAAGGUCACAAGCGAAAGGACCUAUGGGGAGCUUUAUAUCAUAUCGCUAAAACCACACAAGUCAAAGAACACUUGAAAAAUUGCUUUAUAGCAAUUCGCAUUCUGAGUCGUGAGAAACAGGAACUGAGCGGAUUGGUAACAGAGGAAUGGUUGUCUCUAAUAAAAGAAACAUCUGGCUUAGACCAAGGACAGCAGAUGCCAGAUACUGCCAUCGCAACGGAGGCCCAAAAAAGCUUAUGUAACAUUGUUUUCAAUUGCCAAAGUAUAGCAAACAGGUGUUGCCAGAAUGGCAUCCUUCAGAGCAUUAAAGAGAGGAUAAAGAAGGAUGAUCCCAACCUUCCACAAGAAGUUAAAUUUUUCGACAUGAAGCUGUUCUUUCUUCUAACAGCACUGUGUCCUUCCGAACGUAAAGAAUUGGAAGAAUUCCAGUAUAUUCUAGUGAAAAUUUUGGAGGGCAUAUUGAAAGAUGCAGCUGAAACUCAUAUGCACUCUGAUAAACUACCUACAGUAUUUUUGUCUAACGAUCAGAUAGAUAUGGCAUGCGAGGUACUGAAGACCCUUUUCAACAUCACGGUGCAUAUUGAUGAAAAUAACCCCGAGCUGAUGGCGAACUGCUACACCUUAGUGGAAGUUCUGCGAAACUAUUUGCUCAUUUCCUCCACGAGUUUGGAAAAAACGUGGAUGUUACGCAACAACAUAGUCAACCUGCUGACGAACAUGCCGAACGAGACUUAUGAAUCGUUGCUCAUGAAAGUAGAAGACGAAAGCAAAGUGCCUAAAACUUUGCAAUUCGAGGGAUACAACAUGACGGCGAUCUAUGAAAUUCUUAUGUUUUUGAAAGCGAAAUUCAACGACGAACCUAAAGUGUCCAGUCAGCACGAAGUACUUUCUCCAGUCGUAUCAGUGCUUCUAAAGGGAGCGAACGGAAAUCGCUCUAUAAGAAAAUUCCUCAGGCACCACAUACUGCCUCCUUUAAAAGACGUACACACGAGACCGGAACAAGGAGACAAGCUGAGGAACCAUCUGUGCAGGUUACUUACGACUCCGAUUACGCAGCUAAGAGAUUUGGUCGCGGAAUUGUUGUUCGUGCUAUGUAAAAAGAAUGUAUCGCGUAUGAUCAAGUACAGUGGAUAUGGCAACGCGGCCGGGCUGUUCGCCCAAAGAGGUCUGCUAGCAGGAGGUCGUGACGAAGGCGAAGCCGACUUCACCAGUUCGGAUUCGGAUAGUGAAACUGAAGAAUACGCGGAAUACAAACACGGAAUUAAUCCUGUCGUCGGUUGCUAUCAAGAACCGCAUCCCAGCGUUGCUGACGGAAUGACUGACGAACAGGUGAGUCGGUUUACGAAGGUUGCCUCAAAAAUAUGGUUCCCAACAAAUUUGAUGGGCAACUCUUUAAAUUUAUCCGAGAACCUCAGCGUGUGGAUUGUCUGAACAAUUAUUUUGUCAAUUCUCUUACGAGGCUUCCACCUGAACAUCUGAUUGAGUUUUACAAAAACAAUCAUCGGACAGAUAAGAAAUUCACUGUUAGGGAAGUUAGUUUAACCUUUAGUUUCGAAGAUUCGACUUACGCGGAAAGACGUGAUGGUCUGAAUAUUGCUUUUUUAUAUCCAGAAAGAGUACGAGGCGAUGAAGCUGGUGAAUCUCAUGGACAGCCUUUUGAAGACCGGUACUAUAAAACCGUGUAGAAUCGGUAAAGAUGGCAAGCCGGAAGCCAUUGAACAUGUGAUGCAGCUACAGGAGCGAAUGGAAAAUUGCCCGCUCAGAAAGAAUGCGGACAGCGACAGUGACUGAAUCAGCCAAAGACUCGCGAUCAUUAAAACGUGAACGGUAUCAAAAGGUCCAAACUAUUGUUUAAAUGUCCACAGUUAUGUACAAUGUUUUUUUAAUCGUAGAACCAGGAUUGAAUUUUCGGAAAAAAUGAAACAUGUAUUUUUGUGUUUAAUACUUCAGUAAUUCGAGAGUACCACCCCAUGAUUUUAAUAUCUCACAAAUAUCUAAUAAUUGUGGUAUAAGAUUGUUAACAUGGCAGCAGAAGUAGCAAUUGUACAGGGUCCGGCACAAAAGUCUGACGGUUUUUAAAAAAUCCCAAACUCGGUCAUUUUUACUCAAAAACAAAUUUAUUGACGGACUCGGGUUCACAAUGAAAUAUCGUUUGUCAUAAUUAAGUGUGGAAAAUCUCAUCAGUCAUGUGGUGAUCGUUGUUGACGAUGCAUUGCGGAAGGCGUUCUUGAAAGUUCGCGUACAGUGCAGAGUUCGGGACUUGUGGUCGUAUACACGAGCCUUGAGGAAAAAAUCGCAAUGAACAUCGCCAAACCUGGAAAUAAGGCGACCACCGAAGAGAGGGCGAAUAACGUUCAUCGUUGCUCUGGCUGUGUGGGAGGUUUUCAUUUUGCUCGAUAAGUACUUCCAUCUCACGUUUCCGGGGGUGCGAACCGUUCGUGGAGCUCCUGGUGGUCUGUUGUUGAUGAGUACACCACGUGUGCGAAGUGAUUGAACUCAACUACAGGAAGGAACAGCUCGAUUCCGAUGAUUAUUGAAGGUGGCAACAAAACUCACGCUGUACAUAUGGACAAAACUGUCGUACUCAACCCUCUAAUGCUCCAUAAUGUCUGCUGGUAAAAAUGCUAGGUACGCACGAGUCGAACGGCACCCUUCCCAGCACUCUCGCCUGAAUAGACGGAGAGCACUGGCCAUUUCAAAAACGUCCAUCCUUUGUGUCGGACCCUGUAUAUUAAAUGACACAGAUCUGAUAGAAACUGCUAUUAUGCUCCCUUUGGCAUCGAAGGUGAUUGGAGAGAUGAAAUCAAAUCUGCCAUGCAGAUUUUACGUGUUUUAACACGGUCGGCAUUUACAUUCAAUAGCAAUAACUCUCCUUAUAUAAGGUAACGAUAAAUUAUGCACGAAUCACAAUGUUCUCCAUUCAUUGAGAUAGAACGAAAGAGACUUCAAAUAACGCAAACGACGUCUAUUGUUGUUAGACCAUUUCAGAAAUGUACUUAUCCGAGUUUUCCAGACCACAUGCUCUUUCAAGUCAUUUCAGUCCUGCACCAUACUGAUUGUUGCUAAUAAGCAUCAAUAGGGUGAUUGGUCAUGGUCGCAGUUUAUUUCACCUAGUCGUCAAUUCGCCCAAAGUAGUAAACUUUUUUCUUCUGACUAGUUUUCACCACAAUUUAUUUUACGUAGCCGCACUUUAGUAUUAGACCCUUUUAGACCAUAACUUACCUCUCUAUCAUAAACAUGUUUAUACAAGUUUCAUACUUAUAAAAGACUGUAAUAACUAUCCCACUUCUAUGGUGUAUUAUAUUAAGCAUUUUCCAUGUGAUUUGUAGAUUUUAAUAAUUGUUUUAUUGAUGGUCAUAAAUGUAUACAAUAAAUGACAUAUCUCAGGGCCGGUUUAUCAAAGCAC